CGCCUUCUUAAAAUCAAAGUGAUAUCACUUUGAAAUAUUCUUGCAAAAAUAUUUCGACCUGUACCUCUUGCAUUAAAGGUGAGUGGAAUGUCAUUUGAGGCGAGGAUUUUGGAUUCCUUGAGGCCCAUAUUCCCACAGUUGAAUGACCACGUUUUAACGGAAUGCAUAAGGAAAGUUCAAGAAACCGUUGGAAGCGAUCCAGCGACAAUUGUACCGGGAUGCGUUGACCUCCUCUUGAGUGGGACUAUAAAUGAAGAAAAUUUCACUCCAAACAGAUCAGUUCCGCCUGUGGCAAAACCAACAAACGAAAAACCAAAUUCACUUGUUAUAGAAGAAGACGAAGAUGUAGUGUAUAUCUCGACAACGAGCCGAGUUCAGACAACGGCUGCAACCAGACUAGCACCAGUGAUCAUUGAUAACAUCGAAAUUACUGCAUACCACUCAUCGUCUACCCCAAGAGGUGCAUCUACCCUAUUUCCGCUAAAAGUUGCCAGCAAGACAGAGGACCUGAGGCGAAAUCUGCCGUUCGAAGGAGAGACUCGGGUUCCUUGUGCGCCAUUUUCGCACAUGUCGUCAGCGAAUCUUCAAGAUUCUAGUCGACAUAUUCAGAGUGGCCACGCUCAAACUCCUUUAGAACCCUCAGAAGCCAUGAAAAACCUUUACUCUUUAUUCCCUGAUGUAAGAGAUGAUCAUCUUCAAAGCUUGCUUAACAAGUGGUCGCACUUCCCUCAAGAUGUGGCUAUCAAUUAUGCUUGCAAUGACUUGCUUGAGAACCGUGAUUACCCUAAGAAAUCAUCCAAAUUAAAUAGUCCUUCAGGAACCAAUACUCCCGGAAAUGACUGUGUAGAGAAAGACUUCUUUAAAGACUUUUCAAGUCCAGUGUCAUUGAAGUACCAAAACGAGUGCUUAUGUUUACUUCAAAAUGAAUUCAGAAGGAUUCCAAAGAAGCAUAUCAGGAAAGCAUUGCAAUUAUUUCAAUAUCACUAUGCACCAAGUAGAAGAUAUCUGCAGGAACAGCUUCAAAUUUCUACAGAUGGAGGUGCAACUGCUACAGUGACAGCUUGUCAACGCUCAAGUGCCGUGCCAUCAGCCGCUGUAGAUAAAACUUCUAAUGUACUCAGCCACCAACCACCUAAAAUUCAACUUCUUCGGUGUAGACACUCUACAGUACCACUAGAUUACUCACACAUGGAUGAGGAACUUUUAAGGGAGAUGGAAUUUGUGAAAAAGUGUGAUCUAUCUAAAACUGCAGAGGAAGAUCAAUUAUUUGCCUUAAGCUUAAAUGACCAACAGUAUGAAGAAGAAGGCCAGAAAAUUGAAUGUGGCUGUUGCUAUGGAGAUGCAGCCUUUGAAGAUAUGGUUCAGUGCCUGGAUGGUCACCUUUUCUGUGCAAGUUGUCUGAUGAACUAUGCAAAGGAGGCUGCUUUUGGCCAAGGCAAGACUACUCUUGCGUGCAUGAGUGAUGGUUGUGAAGGCACAUUUCCAAUGAGUCAACUGAAGAAGGCAUUACCAAUUAAAAUCCUGGAGAAAUAUGAGGAUCGCGUGCAAGAGGAAUCCCUUUCACUGGCCCAAAUGGAUGAUUUUGUGCGGUGCCCUUUCUGUGAUUUUGCAGCAAUUUUGCCACUGGAAGAAAAAGUUUUUAAAUGUCAGAAUCCUUCUUGUGCUAAAGAAACUUGUCGCUACUGCAAAGAGGAAUGGUCCGAUCAUUUUGGCUUAAAGUGUAAUGAGGUUGAAAAAUCAGCACAGAAGGAUGUGAGGCUUUCAUAUGAAGAAAGGAUGACAAUGGCAAAAAUAAGAAAAUGCCCAAAGUGUGGGUGUGAGUUCACCAAAUCAGAUGGGUGCAACAAAAUGACAUGUCGGUGUGGAGCUACAAUGUGCUAUGUCUGCCGCAAGCCAAAUAUUCAUUACAAUCACUUUUGUCAGCACCCAAAAGAUCCUGGAAAGCAAUGCACAAAUUGCAAAAGUUGUUUGCUGUGGAGUGAUCCUUCAGAAGAUGAUAACCAUGCAGUGAAAGAACUUGAGAAGGAAGCCCAAGAAGCGAAGAGGAAGUUUGAGGCAGAAUCAGAGGACAACCCAGCUAAAAGGGUAAAGAAUGGAUAAGAACUACAGCUGUAAUGUUCGUGUAGAUGUAGCUCCUUGAGGGCAUGAAUUAUGGUAAUGUGGUAAUAUGUAAUUUAUGCCAUGGGGCAGUCUACUCAAGGAAGGAUGUAGCUCUUUGAGGAUAUGAAUUAUGGGGAUGUUAUAUGAUGUAAUUUGUGCCGUAGGGCAUUCUACGCAAGAUAGGCCUUGAUUAGAACAGUUAGGCUAACAAGGCACUCUCCAUUCAUUUUGUUGCCUCAUCUCAGACUUUGUGUUGCAGGGGGGAAAUCUUCAGAUUUCAUUUUGAAAAUUAUUGUUUAAAAAUUCAAAUGAGAGUUACAUUUACAACACUCUUAAGGUUGGUGAUCAUUAUGCAAAAAAUCUGAACAUCAGACUUCAAAUUGAGUCACCAGUGUACUCUUGUGUAAAAGCAGUUUCUUACACUAAAAUCAUUUGAGAAUUAGGAAGUAGUGAUCUCAAAUUAUCAUUUGAUCACAAUGAUCUCCAUAAAGUUUCAUUUUCAUGUUAAGUGUAGAAUUUUUAUCUACUUAUUUGAAAUCAGUGCUCAGACAAGUAAUAAAAUUACUGUGUCCUCUAUUCAGUUGGAAAAGAAGCAAGAUGCAUGAGUAGAAUGUACAGUUUGUCUGUGUAGAAGGCAUUCAGAAAAAAAGCAUGUGCAAUUUUAAUCUCUUGCCAUCCCUUUAGGGUCAAAAUCCUUUGUAUACAUGCAAGAAAAACAUUAAGUAGUUUUUGUUUGUAGGUAAAGUGCAUUUCCCCUGAUACAUCCUAGAGCCCUCAAUAUUGAGGUCUGACUUUUGAAAAUUUAAGACAACAAACAUGUAUGUGUGAGAAUAUUACAGGAAUAUCAUUUCCCUGAUAUACUUAUUAGGGUUGGUAACAUUUCAGAAUUAUGUGAAGGUGUAGUCUGAUCAUCCGGGUGAGUGUAGUCCUGAGAACGACUGUUGUCGGUGGUAGUGACUG